CACAUCAGUCCAGUACAGCGCUGGAGGCGUCCAACUUCGUUUGUUCCCCCAUUCCCCCUCCCCCUUGCCCAAACACCGAAACCAAAACCCAGAGCCAGCCCGCGGCGGCGAGCAGCAGCAGCAGCAGAUGGAUGCCGCGGCGGAGAUGGACGCCGGCGAGCUGGAAGCCGUGUUCCGUGCGGCGGCCGACUUCGCCUCCUACCCAGGAGUGCAUGGCGAGGACGCAGUGAGGCAGUUCCUGGAGCAGUUCCCUCUUCAUGACCUGCUAGGUGCGUUGCAGAGUCAGGGAGCCGAGCCUGAGACGGUUGAAACUGUUGCAGCUUGCUUGGACAAAGUAUUUUCGUCCAGAUAUGGAGCUUCACUUCUGCCCAGCUAUGCUGCAUUUAUUGAAGCUGGGUUGCUCACAAACCUAAACAAUAUCAGACAACUGGCCUGCAAAGCGGUGGUACAUCUUCUUGACAAGGCUGAAGAUAGUGAUGUUGCCGUGGACACAUUUGUACAGCACAAUCUGUACCCUCUUCUGAUCAACUGCUUGAUUGAGGGAGACGAAGAGAUCUCAGCAAUUGUUUUGGAUGCCAUAAAGCGUCUAGCAGAAAUUCCUAAAGGGACCGAUAUCAUAUUUCCACCAGAUGGGCAAGGAUUGCAACUCAACAAAGUGGCAGCCCAGUCAUCCUCAAUGGCACGAAUUCGCAUUCUAUCUUUGAUAGCUAAGCUCUUUGCCGCAUCAAGUUGUACUGCUACUGCAAUUCGUGACUCAAACCUUCUCAGCUUAUUUGAGGACGAGAUAAAAGAUAGAAAAGACAUGCUUAAAACCCUGAGUGCACUAGAGGUCCUCUAUGAGCUUGCGGAGCACCCUCACAGCAACAUGUUCUUGUUAAAGACCAGUUUGCUUCAACACAUAACUGAUGUGAUUAACGAUCCCUCAGCUGAUUCUAUUGUACGGUCAAGGGCAUCAUUGAUCAGUGGGAGGCUUCUUGCUUCAGCUGACGCUUUUAUGACCAUAGAACAAUCUUGUGUUACGAACCUGCUCUUGGCCAUAGACAAAAUAUUGAGGACGGAGGAAAGUCAAAAUACUGAUGAAAUUGAGAGCGCAUUGGAGACCUUAGGUCUAAUUGGUACAACAAGUCAAGGAGCAUGCUUGUUGUUCUCUGAUCCACCAAAUGUUGCUAAACAUGUGGUAGAAAUGUCCUUUGAUAGGCAGGGCAGAGGGAAACAGCUGGCCGCUUUACAUGCAUUUGGAAGCAUAUGUGGUGUUGAUCGAGAAGAAGACCAGAUGAAACUGGAUGAUUAUCAAGCAGAAGAGUGCCUGAAGCGUUUAGUCUACAGUGCAGCAUCAAACAGUCCAAAAUUAACUCCUUCAGCUCUUCUUCUCUCAAUUCUACAACAAGAUCCAGACGUUCGGAUUGCUGGUUACAGAGUACUAUCAGGACUGGUUGUCCGAGAAUGGUGCCUAAGGGAAGUUUGCUCAAAGCCAGAGAUAAUCGGAGUUGUUACGGAUCCAAAAAUGGAGACAACAAAACUUGGCAUGGAGGCACGGUAUGCUUGCUGUGUUGCAAUCAACAAGGCCUUGGCAUCGUCGCACCUUCUUCAUGAGCCGAGCCUUUCUGAACUCAUUGGAAAGCUGAACGAGGCAGUUAGAAGGGGUCCCUAUCUUUCCCAGAAGAAGCCGCGCGUGGAGGCACAGCCGGUGGUUGGUACCAUGGAGAGGUUUUAAGGUGGCCUUUCGAGCUAUUCGGCCGAGAAACGGAGCACCCUCUGUGCUUGAUGCAUGUACAUUAGAUGCAACUGUGUUUCUUAACUGAACUUGUGUGACGAGGACGAGGAUGACGAUGAUAUCAGAGGUUCAGUUCUGUUGGGUUUUGCGAUACAAAUAGGUGGAUGCUGGUUCAAGCCAUUCCAUCUUACAAUUACAGUUACAGCAAGGAAUUAAGCUAAAAAAAUUUACACUUGACAAA